AUGAACGGCGGGUCUGACUCGGGGUCGGUGAACAGCGGGUCUGACUCGGGGUCGGUGAACGGCGGGUCUGACUCGGGGUCAAUGAACGGCGGGUCUCACUCGGGGUCGGUGAGCGGCGGGUCUGACUCGGGGUCAGUGAACGGCGGGUCUCACUCGGGGUCGGUGAAUGGCGGGUCUGACUCGGGGUCAGUGAACGGCGGGUCUGACUCGGGGUCGAUUAGCUGCGGGACUGACUCGGGGUCUAUGAACGGCGGGUCAGACUCGGGGUCGGUGAACGGCGGAUCUGACUCGGGGUCGGUGGCCCAGAACGUGCCUGCCACGGACAUCGUGCAGAUGGUGCAGCAGCUGGCCGUGAACGAGUCGUUCUUCGGCCACGAGAUCCCGGACCUGCUGGAGGUGCUGAACGCCUCGUGCGCGCUGCACGCCAACCAGACCGGCGACCAGGGCGCCCCUGGCGGCGGCGGCGGCAGGCUGAACGAGAGCAGCGCCUUCACUUGGCGCGUGGCCUCGGCGCUCGGCCACCUGCUGCACUCGGACACCUCGUGGCUGCAGCUCGAGCCCGUGAGUCAUGAGUCAACCACCACUUAG